AUGCCUCACAAGCAGAAGAAAACUUCCAGCAAUGCCCACAAGAACGGCUCUCCCCGGGCGGAGAAGAAACGUCAAUUCCCCCCGGAUGCCCCUUCGCUCGCCCUGCCGGUAGUGGCCCCGACCAAUUACGAAGAAAUUCACCGGAAUGAGAUUGAAGCGCUCCGCUCAAUCUACGGUGACGAUUUUGAAGAAGUUGAACAUAAGCGAUCUGCCUGGCAGCAAUCGUCAGAUGUGGUGUUCAAACUCCACUUGCGCGCUUCGUCUAAUCCGGAGGUCCGUCUUGAUUUGCUAGUUGAACUGCCGACUACCUAUCCCAAAACCUAUCCGAACCUUUUCCUGGAGAACUUGGAUGAUCUCCGACAGGGGGCUCGAUCGAGGAUUGAUGACAUCAUACGGACCAAACCGAAAUCCCUCGUGGGAUCUGAGAUGAUCUACGAGAUUGCCGUUUCUAUACAAGAUGUUUUAGAGGAUGUGGCAGAAGCUAAAGCUCAAAAUAAAGACCUGCCCAGCCUAGAGGAGGAGCGCAUGGAACAGGAAGCUGCCGCCAAUCAGCGCGCUGAACUAGAACGGCAAGAAGAGCUUCAGAAACAAGAGGCCGCCACUGCGGAAGAGGAACGAGCACUGCAACAGCUAUUGGAGGAUAAAAUUAGAGAGAGAACGAAAGCCCGACUAUUACGACGCAAGAGUCGAACCUCUGGCAUAGACACAGGCAGCGACAUUGACGCUGGGGAGAAUAUCCCAGGUGCAAUCUCCUUCGACCCGCCCCUCGUUAUGGCCGACAGCGACGAAGGGCCAUUGGUUUUCCGCGCGGUCUAUGGGAAGACGCUUCUCAAGAGUGCCCAGGGAAAAAAUACGUAUGCCGUGAGACCAGUGGUCACUGAGAAUAGGUGCCAUGCUCCUCUCCUGAUUUUAAAGGAAUAUUCGAUCGAUGAAACGCAGCUAUCUCCACUUGCUUUCAGAGAGAAAAUGCGUAGCAGCGAGGAUAAAUUGGAAGCUUUAAAACGGCUACGACAUCCAAAUCUACUAGAUUUUGUUGGGUUUAAGAUUUACCGGCCCCUCGAACCUGCCAGUCCUCAGGACAACGCUUGGAGAGUUUAUCUUCUUCUCGAGCAUGCAAACAAGGGGUCGCUGUCCGAGUUCCUGGAUAUCGUGGGGUCUGUACCCGUGGAAACUCUGCGAAGCUGGACGAUCCAACUUCUUGAAGCGCUCGAGUUCUAUCACCGGAGCGGUUUUGUCCACGGGGAUAUCCAUUGCGGGCGCAUCAUGAUAUUGAGAAACCAGACCGGUGGCACUAUUGUGAAACUGCAAGCGAGCAUUGAAAAUGCCCUCCCUGAUUCUGCCGACAGCAGACAAUCAUUGGAAGCUUCCAAAUCACCACUUUGGCUGCCUCCCGAGUCGACACAAGGGAAUACCUCGCCGACCAUGAAGACAGAUGUGUGGGACUUGGGUAUAGUGUUUCUCCAGAUGGGAUUCGGUAAGGAUGUACUACAGCGUUACACUUCAGCGAACGCAUUGAUGGGAACGCUAGGCUUGUCUGCUCCACUGCAAGAUUUACUUAACGAAUUCUUCAGAACGGAUCCAAAAAAGAGACCGACAGCCUUCCAGCUCCAGCCAUCUGAGUUCUUCCGUGUUGACGCACCUUUGGUGUCUCACUCAAGCACCUCAAACUCCAUAUCACUGCCGAGACGUCCUCGCUUCGAUUCGUUUGGAGGCUUGCCGGCAUUUUCACGGUAUUACCAAGACUUUGAUGAGGCAGGUCGCUUGGGUAAAGGCGGUUUCGGUAUGGUGGUCAAAGCGAGAAAUAAACUUGAUGGCCGUCUGUAUGCAGUCAAGAAAAUUACUCAAAGAUCCGCCGCUGCGCUUAAGGACACACUGUCUGAGAUUAUGCUACUAUCACGUCUGAAUCAUCCCUACGUAGUGCGUUAUUACACUGCAUGGAUUGAAGAGGAUUACGACUUUGUAGAUGAGGAAGCUGUGUCAUCCACAGAGGGUGAUCCUUUCGCUAGCCAAGGCUCCGAAGGCUCUCAAGACUCGCAAGGAUACGGGUACAGCACAGGCGGGCUAGAUUUUAUCAGCUCCAGUGGGUAUCCCAAGAUUGAGUUUGGCUCGGAUAGCGAGGAAGAAAAUGAUGGGACGCUAUCCAGCCGUGAUAAUGGACAAACACCCGAAACUUAUGGUACUGGAAGUGAAACCGGCAAGGAACUCAGCCGAGUGAGAUCUGGCUCGCAAGGCAGGCCUGUUUCCACUACGCUGUAUAUUCAGAUGGAGUAUUGCGAGAAGCACACUCUUCGUGACUUGAUCAAGAAUGGUCUAUACGAUGAUGUCGACAGAACGUGGCGUUUGUUUCGCCAAAUCCUCGACGGACUGAGCCACAUCCAUGGUCAUGGUAUUAUUCACCGGGAUCUCAAGCCCGACAACAUUUUCAUCGAUGUUGCCAAUAAUCCACGCAUCGGAGACUUCGGUCUUGCCACAAGUGGCCAAUUCACGACAGCAGUGCGCUCUUCGACGGCUGCAGAUUUUGAAGGAGACUUCACUCGCAGCUUGGGCACGACAUACUAUGUCGCACCAGAAAUGAAGUCCGGUUUUACAGGGAACUAUAAUGACAAAGUUGAUAUGUACUCUUUGGGGGUCAUUUUCUUUGAAAUGUGUUACCCCCUUGGGACCGGUAUGGAACGUGACCAGACACUGCGCGCUAUCAGGGAGAAGGAGCAUACUCUGCCACCUAUUUUCCGGUACUCCGAAAAGGCACUCCAGGGAAAGAUCAUCGAGUCGCUAUUGAGCCACAACCCCAGCGAACGACCCUCAGCUUCAGAGCUUCUCCACAGUGGUCAGAUUCCUCUUCAGGUCGAAGAGGAAACCUUUAGACGGGCGAUCAUGCACUUGCUGUCUGAUCCUAGUUCGCCUGAUUACAAGAAGAUCUUGUCGGCUAUUUUCUCACAGUCUCCUAAGAAGUUCGAAGACAUCGCUUGGGACAUGGAUUCCCGCGGGACACCGGCGGCCAAUGAGCUGCUGGUUCAAGGGUUGGUCAAGGAACGUUUAACCUCGAUAUUUCGCAGGCAUGGGUCUGUGGAAACCACAAGGCAGAUGCUGUUUCCAAGGUCUCAGCAUUAUAACAACGGAGCUGUUCGACUUCUUGACUCCACUGGUAACGUGCUUCAGUUGCCUUUCGAUCUAACUCUACCAAACGCGCGUGCCAUUCCGCGACAAGAUCCUUCCCUUGAGAAAACAUUCGCGUUUGGUACUGUCUACAGAGAGACGUCUCAUGGUGGUGAGCCUCGGACUCAUAAAGAGGUGGACUUCGAUAUCGUUUCACACAAUACGUUGGAUCUGGCUUUGAAGGAAGCGGAAGUCAUUAAGGUUCUUGAUGAGAUUAUUGAAGAAUUCCCGCCUUUGAGGUCGGCUUCUAUGUGUUUCCUUGUAAACCACUCGGAUCUACUUCAACUUGUUCUGGAAUUUUGCCGUAUCACUCCUUCUCAGAUUCCGCUGGUCAAGGAGGUCAUCAGCAAACUCAACGUGGGAAAGUGGACCAUGCAGAAAAUCAGAAGUGAACUUCGGUCGCCGGCAAUCGGUGUUGCCUCCACCUCCUUGGAUGAGCUUGCAAGGUUUGAUUUUCGUGACUCCCCGAAGCAGAUGCAGAAGCGUCUCCGAGACAUCAUGGAGGGCACCGAAUUCGCCGAACGCCUGACUCCCAUCUUCGUUCGAAUAAAUUGGCUGAUGGGGUAUCUUAAAAGCUUCGACGUAAAACGAAAGGUUUACGUGAACCCUCUCGGGAGUUUGAACGACAAGUUCUUUCGAGGUAGCAUUUUGUUCCAGUGCGUGUUUGACAACAAGCGACGUGAUGUCUUCGCUGCUGGUGGUCGGUAUGACUCCUUAGUCCAAGAGUUUCGCCCAAAGGUCUUAGCAAGCCGACCUCAAACUCAUGCUGUGGGCUUCAAUUUGAGCUGGGAUCGACUCAGCUCUGCUAUGCUCGAGUAUAUCAAAGGCUCAUCCAAAAGCCAUCUCAAGCACCAUGAAGUUGAGCCCGCUGCUUUUUGGAAGACCAGGAGAUGUGAUGUCCUCGUUGCGAGCUUUGACUCAAAGAUUCUGCGUAAGAAAGGCAUUGAAGUUGUUCAAGAUCUAUGGGCCAAUGACAUUAGUGCUGAGCUAGCCGUUGAUGCCUCGUCUCUUGAGGAACUUCUCACCAAGUACAAAGAUCACAAUCAUAGUUGGAUCGUCAUUGUGAAGCAAGAUAGCCAGGAACGAGGCUUUAAGGUCCGGUGUCUGGUUCCUAAGGAGGAGUUCGAUUUGAGGAGCUCUGAGCUAAUACCAUGGCUUCGAAAUGAAAUCCGCGCUCGCAACCAACGUGAGGGCGCAGUCGACUUUCGCCAAUCUCGAUUGCCUAGUCAACCAGAUCCUGGUAUUGACGGGGAAAGGUCGAGCGAUGUGCGCAUCCUAGUUCCUCAACAUAGGAGCAAGAAGACUAAUAGGAGAAAUAUUGUUGAGAAUGCUCUUUUCCGCUCUCGCGAAGUAAUCGAGGAUGCGUUGAAUGGGCCUAUUGCCGCCAUUGAUACGCGCGAUGAUUUACUCGAGGCAAUCAGAGAUACUCGGCUAUCAGACCCCGAGAGCUGGCGCACAGUCAUUCAGAGUGCACCCUUGACUGAGAGGAAGUACCUCAGUCAAGUCCAUGAGCUCCUCGUUGACCUGGCUCACGAGAACCAUGUCAACGACGGUGCGGACAACUUCAGCAACGCUUUUAUAUACAAUUAUCGUACAGGUUCAUGUGUUUAUUAUGAUCUAGGACGCGGCAAGUAA